UUUCCACUGACCUCGUCGGAUAUCAUUAUCUGCCAGUAUCCUUGUCACGUCUGCACUUCUACGUAGUGAUUGGUGUGGUGCAUAGUUCAUGACGUACCGAUUAACGCCGGGACGUCGCACGUCCGGUUUUGCGAAUAUUCGCGAUGACUUCCUCUAAAAGUACGGAAAAAUUGGCCGAAGUUCUUCAGUUGUUCUUGCUUCCCGGGUACAACGUCGUCAGCCCGACUUACCUCGACCUCCUCCUAACGCACGUCACGAAGCGCUCCGAAGAUGCAAAGGCCGAUUCAGAGCGCUUGGAGGUUUUGCGAAAAUGGGUACAAGAAGCUCUCGAAGCCUGGACCAACAUUGGUGGGCCUUGCCAAGCAGUUUCGAUGUUCACCGUGAAAUUAGUUGGAAUUAUAGCCCGGGAUGAAAGUCACUUCAAAGAAUGGAACAGCCAGAAGAUAUUCGACCGCCUUUGUGCGGUUCUGCGCCUGCGCGAACAACCUUUGUCGGCCUCAGUCAAGAUGGCGUACACUUGCAUGCUUUCUGACGUCAUAACGCAUCACAGUGGACGCCAAUGGGUCAUCGAGUCUGGUACGUGGAGAGACGUCGUCAAGUUCUGCCAGGCGAACCAGACGAUGUACGUCACCCGGGAGAGCCAAAAGUUCCUGUGGAGUCUUCUUCUAAGCGAAUGUCGAAACGAGAAAUUCUGCCGAGAAGUCAUCCUGGAGGUGACGUCGCCAAUCAUCAGCAACCAAUUCGACACGGAGGUCCACGAAGGUCUUCAAGAGAACUAUCUGGACAGGAACACGCUCCUCUGCGCCACCAUCGACCUGCUGACCAACAUCCUGGAGAACACCCUCUUCGUGGACCUGGACAGCCCGAUCCCGGCAUUGUUGGAGGAGUUGACAAACCUUGAAGUGCGCGUCAAGGCCCUCUUCGAGGCCUGCAUCAACACGAGGUUCCUCCAGAGGGUCCACAAGCUGGUGCUCCUGUUGCUCUUCCUGAGACUCAAGCAGGGCAUCCUGAGGGAGACCAAGACCGUCGACGAGGUCGCCUGGUCCAAGUUCCUCCGCGGCUUGACCUACGUCUACAUGAUGCUCAUCCCCAAGAAGCACGUCAUCGAGCUCGUGAAGACCGCCAAGCUCGCCCUCAUCUACUGGAAGAAGACCAAACUGCUCUGCGAUUUCACUCCACCCGGGCAGUACAAAUUCGAGCACCAGGCCAUUGCCUUGAUGGUGUUACCUCUCUGCGUGUGCAUCAAGAAGACUUGCUUAGGGUACGACCUCUUCGAGAUGUUCCUCAACAAGAUCUUCGAGGUCACGUGCCCGGCCACCUUAAGGCUGGCUUAUACCAUAAGAGACGUCAUCAUGAAGGGGGACUUGCCUCUGGAGCAUAUUUGCAAGGUGUCUAUCGGGAUGCUCCUCGAGAUCAUGGACAUCAUGGAUAGGGAUGUAGCGGUGAUCACGUUUCAAACGUUUUGCCACGUGCUGAAGAAUUUCGCCCAAGAAACGACAGCUACACCUCCACCCGAUAACGUGGUGACCGAACCCAGAAGAACAGUGUACAAGUCAAUUCUGGAAGGCGAUCCCAUUGUUGAAAACACGGUUUUAUUGUCGGCGCUUUUGGAUGGGCUCGCCGCUAUGACUGAAAAAUUCAAAUUAAAGUGGCAAGAAUGCGUGGAGACGAUUUGCGUCCUGGCUAUUGGCCAGGAGAUCUUGAACCAUUCCGGUACACUGCCCAAGCUGUGCGUCCAAGCGUUGAAGAUCUGCAAGCUAGCGAUCCAAAACUUCAUGCCUCCAAACUUGGCGUUACUGGUUGAUUCGGAAAGCCACAUGGAUGGAAUUGGCUCGACACUCUUUAAAAGACUCCACGAUACCAACUGGGAAGUCAGAGACAGCGUAUUAGAAGUAUUGAACACAAUUGCCACCAUCUCCGAAGACAAGUAUCCAGCCUUUCAGGAUUUCCUUCUGGUCAAUCGGUUCCUCCAGCUGGCAAUCGAGGUGGCAACGAAUGACACCGAAAGUUAUGUGCGAGCUUCUGCGCUGACAUUUAUUUCCACCACUGUACGAAUUAACAAGCUUUGGGAUGCCGAAUUGUGCCAGCUUGAUUUGCUGGGCACUGCUGCGCAACUUUUAGAAAAUGAAAGUGAAGCAGUGGUGCGGAGAGAAGCUGUGAUACUGAUCAAAGAGCUUUACGUAUACAGGAAAUGGCCGAAAUCAAAAAUCGAAGUCAUGUCCCACAUGAUGGCCACGUCAGCUGUUCUGGACUUGCAUUGGGAAGUUAAGACAAACGCCCUCGAAUUCUGGAAACAUUUUAUCAAAUCUCAUUUAACCGACCAGGGAAUGCUGGAUGGCUCUUUCCCCAACGUGACGUUCUCUAAAGAGCACCGUAAAAUCGUCACUCUGAAUGAAACCGAAAUCAAACGGAGACUCAACAAAGCUCUCGAUGAGUUAGCGAAGCAGCGUUGCCUCGGAGUGCUCCUGGCGACCCUGGAAGACGACUGCGACUUCGAAGUGUCUAGAAUUUCAGCCAGUAUUGUGAAUAAGCUGAAAUGGUUCCUUCUGAAAUACAAAAUCAAUGAGCCGCUGCCAACUUUGCCUCUGCCGAAAGACAGUGCUACGAUGGACACCCCCUACAUAAAGCAGACAACUAAUAUUACAUCCCAGGGUUAUCUACACCCUCCGGAGCACUCAUACAGCGUUAUCAACGAGAUCGUCGACGCGACCGAUGCAAAUUUGCUGGCUUCAAUGUAUAAAACUUCCAUGAAAAUGGACAGCCCAGUUGACAAAAGUGAUCAAGAAACGCUCAGGCUCGUCUCCGAAGUCACCAGGGAAAAGUUUCUGAGGGCUACGUUGGAUGCAGACAUCGAUGCAUACAUCCAGGAAAGGAGUCGCUGGCUCAAAACCUACACCGACAGCUUCGACUCCAUCCUGGAUGACAUCGUCACCACCUACCAGAAUAAAGGUGUCAACACGAUGGACUGUUAUUAAAGAAGAACGUGAUAGUGCAGAUUAAAGUGCAUAAACUUAGCUGUAAAAUGAUUUACAUGGUUAUUUCGAUGAAGUGUCUGAGAGAAAUUGUGGAAAAUGAAACGUCACCACUUAACGGAAGAAAGAUGUCAACAGGAUGAACUGUUGUUACAGUAGAACGUGAUAGUGCAGAAUAAAUUGCAUAAACUUAGUUGUAAGAUUAUUCAUACAUUUAUUUCGUUAAGGAAUUCUCGGAGAGAAAAAUGGGAAAUGAAACUUUGGCCUGUAGUCUUCUCUGUCCAAAUAGUCCGCCGUGAAAUGGCGCCAAAGUGGGGAAAUUAUAAAUAAUCGAGGCUGUAUCGUGACAGAAUUACUAGGAUUUAUUUUUGUAAUACUCGUUAAGUUUAUUUUGAAAGAAAUGUGGAUUAAAAAAAAUGUUUAUUCGAUUUAUCAGACAUCGGAAACAUUUACCUGAUUUAGCGAACACUUCGCUACCACUUUGGUUCAGUUAAAUAUUUAUACAGAGAAGUGAAAUUCGCUAAAAUGCUUUUUGCUUACUAAUUUCUGUCCAUUUCCUUAAAAACGAUGUAUAAAAGAAUUUAGAAAACCAAAGAGUCGCAAAAUUCCACAUUUAAAUCCAACUUUCGCAAUUUUUCUCUUAUAUACAUUCCCAACAUUUUGCACGAACGAUUGUAGAAAAAGAAGUUGUACGUUUAUAAAAAUGAAUAAAGGUUAAAACGUUCAGUUUUAA